CACCAGUCCAAUCGAUCGACACCUCUUUAGCCAACAAAACUUCUUCACUAUCUUUAGCUUUAUUCCCCUCAACUCUAUUCCUCAUCACAUUUCACAUAUUCUAAUUAGCGUUAGCCAUGUCUGAAAACAAUCUAAUUUCUACCCUUAAUGGCUCUAACAACUGCCCUUAUUAUAUGAAGAAAGGCGUAAAAUACCUCGUCGAGACCUCGCCGGAGAUGACGUCACUGCCACCGGAAUACGUUCUGCCGCUGCAAGAAGACCCGCUGUCGGCAGCCACGGCAGAAGUCCCCGUAAUAGAUUUAAGCGGCCUUGAUGGUCCACGUCAUCUUAGGCUUUCCACUGUCAAAGCCAUAAGCUCUGCCUGUGAGCUUUGGGGCUUUUUUAGGAUCAUCAAUCAUGGGAUUAGAGAAAGUCUGGUUGAGGAAAUGUUGAGUGUUGCUCAAGAAUUCUUUGAUCUGAGUUUGGAUGAGAAAAUGAAAUAUGCUUCAGAUGAUGUGUUGUGCCCUGUAAGGUAUGGGACAAGUUUGAACACAUCAAAGAAGCAUGACCUUCACUGGAGAGACUAUUUCAGGCACUAUGGACAUCCAUUUGAGAAUAGCUUUCACUUAUGGCCUCUUAAUCCUCCUAAUUACAGAAAUGUGGCAAGGGAGUACAUGGAAGAGAUAUGGAAAGUGGCAAUGAAGUUAGCAGGUGCAAUAUCAGAAGGCUUAGGGCUUGAUGUUGGGUACAUUGAAAAUUCAAUGGGCCAUGGCAUACAGAUUCUGGCCAAUAACUACUAUCCACCAUGCCCGGAGCCCAACAAAACACUUGGGCUUGCGGCCCAUUCAGAUCAUGGUGGAAUCACUAUAUUGAUGCAAAAUGGUGUCAAUGGGUUGCAAAUAAGAAACAACAACGAAUGGCGUGUUGUUGACCAUAUUUUAAGUAAUGGAAAAUACAAAAGCGUGGAGCAUCGAGGGACGGUGAACGCCUACAAGACGAGAAUAUCGGUGGCUGUGGGACAUGGGCCUGAUCUUCUAAGCACUGUGGAGCCUGCUAGCCCACUUGUUGAAGAGAAAGAAAGGGCCUGUUUUACAAAGACUACAUAAAGUUUCAGCAGACUACCACCGUUCGAGGGAAAAGUGCGCUGCAGGCUGUAUUAGUCAGCAAAUGAGGCCCAAAGAAAUGUGAAGAGAUUAAAAGGCCGAGACCUUCAUUUUAGGCCCAUAUAUAUGUCAUAUGUACUACUUUUACUAUUAUUUUUGUUGUUAUUUACAAAUAAAAGAUGUGAGUUU